CUACUACAGGCUUUUAUCUCUGACUGACUUCCCUCACCAACACACAGCUACGAGCCACAGAGGAGAGGCGGAACCCGGGGAUUGCGUGCUCUGUUUCUAGGGGAAGGGUUAUGCAGGACACAGGAAGUGCUUCUGCAGCUGCAGACACAGAAAUGGCAAACUCGUCUACAGAAAUGGAUCCUGAUUUGGCCCGGCAGCUGUUCUUUGAAGGGGCCACACUUGUGAUUUUGAGUGUUCCAGAAGGCACAGAAUUCGGUAUAGACUUAAACAGCUGGGAAGUUGGCCCUCGUUUCCGAGGGGUGAAGAUGGUGCCUCCAGGACUUCACUUUAUCCACUAUAGUGUGAAGAGGCUGAGGGGAGCUGCUGGGGAAACUGGGCCACGUUCUGGCAUUUUCUUCUUCCUGGAGCAGAGAGCAAUCCACCUCCUGCAAUUCGAUGCUCAAAGAGAGGAGAUGGUUGCUACCUCCCAAGAGGAGGCUAACAAUCUACGGGAACAGCUUCCUUCCAUGGAUCCAUUCCUGGGGCCGUACCCCUAUGACAGCCUCCGUAACUGGGUAUCCUUAACGAGUCACAUUACUAAAGAGGCCAUGCUAAAAUUGCAGCCUGCCUGUGGGACAAUAUGCUCUUUCCCAGAGGUCCUUCCUACUGAAAAGAUGACCCUUACAGAGGAUCGGGCUAAACACAACUUGCCCAGAUAUGACACGAUUUGUCAGAACUAUAAGGAGGGCUUGUCAAGACUUCCACAGAUGAAACAAAAAGAAGGAACAGAGAUCCGCUUUAGCACUCUUCCAGAGAAAAUGUACCCAGAGAAUGCUACUCCGGCUCAAGUCACACAGCACAGCAUUGACCUGUCCUACGCUCUAGGCCAGCUGAUGGAUGAACACUACCCAGAAAAGCCUUCGGACAUACUAGCUGAACUGCAGUUUGCCUUUGUGUGUUUCCUCCUGGGGAAUGUAUAUGAAGGGUUCGAGCAAUGGAAGAGUUUGCUGAACCUUCUGUGUCGAGCGGAGACCUACGCUCUACAGCACCCCGAUCUGUACAGUGAGCUCAUCUCUAUCCUGUAUCACCAGUUGGCCCAGGUGCCCACAGACUUCUUCAUAGACAUUGUGUCCCAGGACAACUUCCUGACCAGCACUUUGCAGGUUCUUUUCUCAUUCCUGUGUUCUCAGUCUACGAAUAAAGACCUGAAGCGGAGAGCCAUCCGAUUCCGAGCGCAUUUGACCAAGAAAUUUCAGUGGGACUUUGAAGAGGAUCCUCUGGACUGCGCUCCGGUUGUUGUCCAGCUCCCCGAGGAUUGGGAAAGUGAGAAUAAAGUACAAAAUGCAACCUCGGAGGGAAACAAGGAGACCGCCCUCCCUUCAUAGCCUGUAAUACAGCAAACAUGACUUGUUGUAAAGGUUCUCUGCAGUAAAGCAAUAUGUGGCUUCUGCUUAAAUGUACAGGAGAGACGGCCUACAUAGAAACUGGUCAGAGCGGUAGACUGGGAUCUUUAACAUGUGACUGGGGCCCCAAAAUCUGCUGUUAUGGUUCCUAGUCAAAGUGGCAUUACUGUAUAUUGGAUACCACUGGGGAUUGCUGGAAAAUGGCACACUGACUUUUGAUUAACCCUUAUUUGAUGACUUUUAUUGAAUGAUAUGUCCAUUCUGUUCUUUAUCUUGUGGCUAAACUUUUGCAUCCUGUCUAAACUAUUCUUAAAAGUCUGAAAAUACUGCACUUAAUAUCAAGCCGUGCAGCUUUCCCAUAUCCUGUAAUACACACACAGGUGAGUGCACUUACCUGCAGUCAUUAAAAUAUAUGUAAAAAACCCACGCUCUCUUCAUGGUAAUGUAAUAAAAAUAAAAUAAAAAAAGUAAUAUGUCUUUAAAUAUGCAGCUUUUAUUAAAAUAAUAUCUGUUGAUUCUGCCAUGAAAGGAGUAAAAGGCAUUCGGAGGAGAAAAUCAAACACCCCAUGUGUAUGAGGCCAUCGUGUGCUCGCUGAAUUUUACCCUGUGGGCGUUUU